GACUGUUGGCAGCACUAUCUAAACCACCCAUUAUCAAAAAUAAAGAAAAACUUACAAUACAUUCGAUGUCAUUUUAAAAACAUACAAACAUUUUAACAAAAAAUGGAAAAAUAAAUUCAUAAAUGAAAAAAAAAGUAUAAGAGGAACUACACAACGCCUAACAUAAUGACGAAACUGGUCAAUAAAGAUGCCGCGAGGUUGAACCCAUGUCUGAAGGAACAGGAACAAUCGUACGAAUGUCUCAACAAAAACGGAUAUGAUCAAGAUAAAUGUCAGCAGCAUUUUGAUAACUACAACACAUGCAAGAAAUUUUGGGGGAGUGUAUACAAGGACAGGAAAGCCAAGAAAAUCUAUCCAUACUUACCAGAAGUUGAAGAAAGAGAGAAGAUUAAAGCAGAAUUCUUCAACAAAUUUAGAAACAACUGACACUAAAUAAUAGAUAAUUUUAGCUGCAUUUAAACAUGGAAGAAAGGAUAUUUUUGAUGACUAAUUAUAUUUUAAGUAGGUAGUGAAAAUGUCUUGUCAUAAAAACUUUAAUAAAUUUUAAAUUAUUAU